CUGCGGUGCUAUGGUGUUGGGCCCUUAGGCGACUUGAACUGCUCCUGGGAGCCUCUUGGGGACCUGGGAGCACCCUCCACGCUGCACCUGCAGAGCCAGAAGUAGUCUCCCCGUCCAGCAUGGCCAAGCACCCACUGCUGCUGUUGCUGGCCUUGUGGGUGCUGGUCGGGGGGCUGUGGCUGGAAGCCGAAGCCCAGGAAGAAUCCGAAGAAGUGAAGCUUUGCGGCCUGGACUUGGCCCGGGCAAUAUUCCAAAACUGCGAAAAAGCCUACGAGAAGUGGUCGGACAACCUGGCCCAGGAAGCUAUGGGGGAUGCCUUCCCACACACUGAGCCCUAUGCACACAGCCAGCUGGGAGAGGCAGCAGGCUCCAGUGACUGGCGGGUCCUGACCAAGCCCGCCCAGGAUUCCUAUGGUUCUCUGCGGGUCACCCGAGAAGGAGAAGAGGGAGAAGGACAAGAGGGAGACGACAUAGACAGGGGUAGCAUCCUCAAGAAGUGCUGCGAAGACGGUUGCACCAAGACGGAACUCAAGAUAUUCUGCUAGACCAGGGGACUGGGCAGCUGUGGGUGCCAUGGCCAAUGCGAAUACCUGUCUCUGGCCGCUCAUACAUUCACAGGGGACAGAUCAGAACCUUCUCCAACCGCAAUAAUAAAAGUUGCAAAAGAC